GCAACUUUUUCAGGUGUUCCUAACAAGGCUGCGCGCUCCGUGCUGACAUUCAGACGCAGCCGAGACUACACUUGGGGCGCCACCAUGGGGUUCUACGUGCGGUGUCUGAUCCUACUACUGGGGGUGCUGGCGGUCAGCUCACUCCCAGGUAUACAGAACUCUGACCGUGUGAGACGUUCUCUGACUGAAGAUGAGCUACUCAGGGAGCUGUCCGCGCUGGACGAGGCCCUGAAGGACGGACUGGAACAUGGCAAAAGGGAUAAUGAACUUGAAGAGAGAAGCAAAAGCAAAAGCAAAAGCAAGGAAAGUAAGGAAAGCAAAGAAAGUAAGGAAAGCAAGUCAAAAAGCAAAGAACACGGAAGCCACAGCAAGUCACACGGCAGCAAGGAACACGGCAGCCACAGCAAGUCACACGGCAGCAAGGAACACGGCAGCCACAGCAAGUCACACGGCAGCAAGGAACACGGCAGCCACAGCAAGUCACACGGCAGCCACGGCAGUCAUGGACAUGGACAUGGCAGCAAGUCACACGGCAGUCAUGGACAUGGACCCGGCAGCAAGUCACACGGAAGCCAUGAGCAUGGAUCUGGCAGUCACGGCAGUCAUGGACAUGGACCCGGGAGCCACGGCAGUCAUGGACAUGGACCCGGUAGCCACGGCAGCCACGGCAGUCAUGGACAUGGACCCGGCAGCCACGGCAGUCAUGGACAUGGACCCGGCAGUCACAGCGGCCAAGGACAAGGUCAUGGAUGGGGAGCAGGAGGAGAAGGUGGAGGUCACGGAUGGAGCAUGUCCGGAGCAGGAGGAGGAGCAGGAGGAGCCGGUGGAGGAUCAGCUGGAGGACACGGCUGGAGCAUGUCCGGAGGAGGAGGAGGAGGAGCUGGAGGAGCUGGAGGAUCAGCUGGAGGACACGGGUGGAGCAUGUCUGGUGGAGGAGGAGGAGCAGGAGGAGCUGGAGGAGCGGGAGGAUCAGCUGGAGGACACGGAUGGAGCAUGUCUGGAGGAGGAGGAGGAGGAGCUGGAGGAGCUGGAGGAGCAGGAGGAUCAGCUGGAGGACACGGGUGGAGCAUGUCUGGAGGAGGAGGAGGAGGAGCAGGAGGACACGGAUGGAGCAUGUCCGGAGGAGCCGGUGGAGGAGCUGGAGGGCACGGCAUGUCAGGAGGAGGCAGUUGGAGCUGGUCAUCAUCAGGAGGAAGCAUCUUUGAAGGUCUUGCCGAGGGAGCAUCGAUAUCGCUGAAGCAGUACUUCCAGUUCGGGUGGUUCUCGGCGUCUUCCUCCCUUGACGAGCAGCACGGUGCCGGGUACGCCGUGAUCGGCCAGACAAACGACGACGGUUCGGCCGCCUACUGGGCCCCUGCCACUGACGACGCGGACCAGUACCUGCAGAUCGACCUGGGUGGCAUCUUCCAGAUCUAUUCGGUGUCCAUCCAGGGCGCAGCCGGGCGAUGGGUUCAGACUUACCACCUGCAGUACAGCGACGAUGGCGCCACGUGGACGACAUACCAAGACGAUGCUGGUCAAGACAUAGUUUGCGAAGGAAACAGUGAUGACAGUGGGAUCCAGGUCACGACGCUUCGAACCAUCAUCUCGGCUCGCUACUUCCGUUUCCGUCCUGUGACCUGGGGCGGAGCUGGGAUCGCCCUCAGGCUGGACAUCAAUGCCGUCGGCGGUGGAGCUAGUUUCGGAGGAGGUGCAGCAGCAGGAGGAGGUAUGACUGUCACAGGAGAAGCAGGCGGUGUCGGAGGCCUGAUCGAAGGCGUUGCAGAGGGAGCAUCGGUGUCACUGAUGCAGUCCUUCAACUUCGAAUGGUUCUCGUCGUCUUCCGUCCUUGACGAGCAGCACGGUGCCGGGUACGCCGUGAUCGGCAAGACAUACGAUGACGGUUCGGCAGCCUACUGGGCUCCUGCCACAGACGACGCGGAUCAGUACCUGCAGAUCGACAUGGGGCGCGUGUAUCAGCUGUCUUCCCUCACCAUCCAGGGUGCGGCCGGCCGAUGGGUCAUUACGUACUACCUGCGGUACAGCGCUGAUGGCAUCACAUGGCUGACUUACCAGGACGACGCGGGGCAAGACAUAGUUUGCGAAGGAAACAGUGACGAUAGCGGGACCCAGGUGCUGACACUGCAGUCCGUCAUCAUGGCCCGCUACAUCCGGGUCAACCCGCUGACCUGGGGGGCAGGUGGCAUCGGCGUCCGGCUGGACCUCGAUGUCGUCAGUGGCGGGGAUGUAGCAGCAUUCGGAGAAGAGGUUGCAGCGGAUGUUGGGGAAGCUGCGGCGGCGGCCGCGGAGGGAGACACCGAGGCUGCGGCAGAAAUAACCGAAGACGUGGGAGAAGAACUGGCCGCGAUCGAGGGGUUUGCUGAGGACGCUGGAAUUGAAGGACCUGAACUCGAGGAUGCACAGGAGGCCGCUCAAGAAGCGUAUUCGGAGUUUGAAACUGCUGUGGAGACUGGUGAGAACGUGGAGGAGGCAGCUGCAGUGUUGGAGGAAGAAAUGGAGGACCUGAACACCGAAAUCGAGACUGCCCAGGAAGAUGCUAUAGGCGCGGAGGCAGCAGAGGUAGCGGAAGAACAGGCCUCCGAGAACCUUGAAGCCAUACAAGCAGGCCUUGCCGCUGGGAACCCAGCACAAGUAGCGGCAGCAGCAGAAGGCAUAGGAGAGAAUGUCGAUGACAUCCUUGAAGCCGCAGCCGACGUGGGUCUUGACUCACCUGCAUUAGAGGACGCAGAGGAAGCCGUCCAGGAGGCCGAGGCAGCAGUAGAGACUGCUUUACAGACCGGCGACAGGGAGGCCGUGGCAGCAGCAGCAGAGGUACUGGAAGAGGAACUUCAGGAUCUCCAAGAGGGCGUCGACCAGGCACAAGAACAGCAGGAGCAAGCUGAGGAGACAGAGGCUGCCCAAGGAGAGAUUUCGGAGACAAUACAUGAAUUGGAGGAGUUGGUCGAAGGGGAAGACAUUGCAGCUGAAGAAACGGUAUUCCAAGAGUUGGUGGAACAAGCUGACGAAUUGGAGACUGCCCUGCAAGACUCUAACCUGGAUUCCCCAGCUGUCGAAGCUGCAUUGGACGCAGCACACGGAGCUCAGGAGGACGUUGAGGCCGCUAUUCAGAAUGAGAAUCAAGAGGAAAUAGCAGCAGCGCUGACAGAGCUGGGUUCGGCCAUGGACGAGCUCGACACGGCAGCAGGGGAAGCCCAGGAGGAUGUAGCGGCUGAACAGGCAGCAGAGGCGGCAGAAGACCAGGCUUCAGAGACCCUUGAAGACAUACAAGCAGGCCUUGCCGCUGGGAACCCAGCCGAAGUAGCGGCAGGAUUAGACGACGUGGGGGAGAAUGUCGCAGAUAUUCUUGAAGCCGCAGGGGACGCUGGUCUUGACUCACCUGUAUUAGACGAGGCAGAAACCGCCAUCCAGGAGGCCGAAGAAGCAGUACAGACUGCUCUAGAGACUGGCGACAGGGAAGACGUUGAAGAAGCAGUAGAGAGACUAGAAGAGGAGUUUAAGGAUCUCCAAGAGGGCGUGGAUGAGGCACAGGAAGUACAGGAGCAAGCUGACGAGACAGAGGCUGUCCAAGAACAGCUUUCGGAGACAAUUAGUGAAAUGGAGGAUUUGGUCGCAGAGGGAGACAUUUCAGCUGAAGAAACGGUAAUCGAGGAGUUUGAGGAACAAGCUGAAGAAUUACAAGCUGCCCUGGAAAGCGCUGAGCUGGACUCGCCAGCUGUUGAAGCCGCAAUUGAGGGAGUACAGGAAGCCCAAGAGGAGGUCCAGACCGCUAUUCAGAACGAAGAUGAGGAGGAAAUAGCAGCAGCCCUCACAGAGCUGGGUUCCCAAGUGGAAGAACUCGACACGGCAGCAGCUGAAGCUCAACAGGAUGCAGAGGCUGAACAGGCAGCAGAGGUGGCGGAAGAAUCUAUACAGGAGAGCCUUACUGAGAUAAGUGAGAACUUGGGAGACGACGACGACGCAGCAGAAGCAGCAGUUGCAGACAUACUGGAACAAGUCCAGGCCCAGGGAGAAGUUGCAGAGCAGACCGAGAUAGACACAGAAGAACUUGAGGCGGCUGAGACGGCUGUUGAGACCGCCGCCGAAGCUUUCGAGGAGGUUGUGGAAGCUGGCGGCAGCACGUCUGAGGAGGAAGAGGCGCUGGAAACCCUGGAGGAGAGAGUAGACUACUUCAAUCAGCAAUUUGAGGAGGAAACUGAGCAGGCUGAGCAGGAAGAGGAGCAAGCUGUUGCCCAAGAGGGAGCUGAGGACGCCUUGGAAGAUGUGCUGGAGGAUCUGAGCGAAGGUGAUACUGGGCAAGCCGAAGAAACGGUUGAGCAAAUCAUUGAGGACAUAGCGCAAGUGGCGUCCGUUGCGGAGGAUGCUGGCGCGGAUACACCACAAGUUGAUUUUGUGCAGGCAGAGAUCGAGGAAGUUGCCGGGGAGAUGAAGGAAGCUAUUCAAGAAGAGAACACGGAGAGGGCCGAGCAGCUGGCGGAGGUGUUGGAGACGAAGAUGGAAACUUUUGAACAUGUCGUGGAGACUGCCGUGGAGGAAGCAGAGGAACAACAAACAGCUGAAGACACAGCGGACGAGCUGCAGGAGCUGAUUCCAGACCUCACAUCUCUGGGAGAGGGUGACGAGGAGGAGGUGCAGCAGGCAGUGGAGGAGAUCAAGGCCGAGUUUGAACAGAUAGUUGCAGGCGAAGCAGGAGAUAUCCUCAAUGAGCAACAACCGGGUCUGGUGAGUGAAGUCGAGGCGGCGAUCCUUGAGGUGGAGCAGGCCGCGGAAUCCGGAGACUCUGAAGAGAUCAAGGAAGCUGCGCAGACACUGGAACAGGAGCUGGUGGUGGUCCAGGAAGAAGCAGAAUCUGAGGCGGUGGGCGAACCUCUUGUACAGCCAGCGCUACCGCUUGCCCCUCAACCACAGCUGCCAGGCGCUCCUCAACCUGUUGCGAUGGAAAGACCCGUCGUUCCUCGACCACAGAUACCGGGGAUUCCUCAACGACCCCAGAGGCCAUCCCAGACAGGAGGUGUCAACUUAAUUAUCGGAGAUGCCAAUCACCCUGGCUCUGCUAUUGGGCAGCAAUUGACAUCUGGAAACCUCCCCGAUGGUGUCAAUCUUGUGAUUGGUCCAAACUCAGGACAGCCAGGCGUCCCUGGCUCACCGGGAAGGAAGGGCAAGCAGAUCGUCAACAACCAGAUCACCGUUCUUGACAGUGCCUGUGGUGGAUGUGAGGGGGAGGGGGCGCCUCAGAUCAUCAACAACCAAAUCAUUGCAUUCAAAGGUCGUAGACCGCAGCCAAUGUUACAGCGGCCAGCCGUUGGAAUUGGUCCUAAGCCAAUGCCGGUGCCUCAGCAACCUUCGGUUGGAAUUGGUCCAUUGCCGGUGCCGGUAGCACAGCAGCCAGCGGUUGAAAUUGUACCCGGCAGCCAAGGUGAAGAGGAGUUAGAGGCACUCCUUGAAGAUCUUGUGGGGAAACCUGGAGUAUCUAUAACUGAAAUCACAUCAGGAGAGUCAGCUGAGUCGGAGGAGGAACAGGAACAAAUCGAAGAAGCACAGGAAGAAGCUGAGGAAGCUCAAGACGUGGUGGCAGAAGGCGCUGAUGAUCUUUUGGAAGCUGUUCAGACCGGCGACAUCGGUGAAGUGGAGGAUCUAACAGAAGAUCUCACUGAGCAGGUGGAGGAAUUGGAAUCCGUCUUCGAGGAGGCUGACAUUGACAAUCAAGAAGUCGUUGAACUGCAAGACGAGGUUAUAGAGAAAAUAGAAGAGGUGGAAUCCGUUAUGCAGUCUGGUACACCAGAGGAACAGGAACAAGCCGCAGCAGAACUGAUAGAGGCUGUAGACGAACUGAAGGAGACUGCCGCAGCUCAAGUUGCUGAGGGAACUCAGGACGAAGUUGAAGAGAAUGCUGAUGAUAUAUUGGAAGCUGUCCAAACCGGUGACAGUGAGGAAGUAGAGGAACUGACGGAAAACAUUGUGGAGCAAGUUGAGGAAUUGGACACGGUCUUGGAGGAGGCCGGGGUCGACACUGAGGAAGUCGCUGAACUGAAGGAAGAGAUUAUAGAGAAAGCAGAAGAGGUGGAAUCCGUUAUGCAGUCUGGAACCUCAGAAGAGCAAGAGCAAGCCGCAGCAGAACUGAUAGAGGCUGUAGACGAACUGAAGGAGACUGCGGAGGAGGCUCAAGAGGAGCAAGAAGUGGAGGCAGCUGCUGAAGAUGUUGAGGAAACCCAGGGAGAAGUCAAAGAGACUGCUGAUGAUAUAUUGGAAGCUGUCCAAACCGGCGAUACUGAUGAAGUGGAGGAACUGACGGAAAACAUUGAGGAGCAGGUGGAGGAAUUGGACACGGUCUUGGAGGAGGCCGGGGUCGACACUCAAGAAGUCGUUGAACUGAAGGAAGAGAUUAUAGAGAAAGCAGAAGAGGUGGAAUCCGUUAUGCAGUCUGGAACCCAAGAAGAACAGGAGCAAGCCGCAGCAGAACUGAUAGAGGCUGUAGACGAACUGAAGGAGACUGCGGAGGAGGCUCAAGAGGAGCAAGAGGGGGAGGAAGCAGCAGAAGAAGUUGAUGAAACUCAGGAUGAUGUUGUAGAGACUGCUGAUGAUAUAAUGCAAGCUGCACAAACCGGCGACACCGAAGAAUUAGAGGAGCUGACGGAAAGCAUUGCGGAAGAGGUGCAGGAAUUGGAAACGGCCUUGGAGGGCGCCGGGGUCGACACUGAAGACGUCGGUGAACUGGAAGAGGUUAUGGAGCAAGUAGAGGAGAUGCAGUCUGUCAUAGAGUCUGGAACCCAAGAAGAACAGGAGCAAGCCGCAGCAGAACUGAUAGAGGUUGUAGACGAACUGAAGGAUACUGCGGAGGAGGCUCAAGAGGAGCAAGAAGGGGAGGAAGCAGCAGAAGAUGUUGAGGAGACCCAGCAGGAGAUGACUGAAACCCUUAGUGAAGUCGGAGACAUUCUUCAAGAAGGCACUCAAGAGGAAAAGGUGGAAGUAGUCGAAGAACUGGAGGAGACUGUUGAUACGUUGUUUGAAGACAUCGCUGAAGCCAGUGUUGAAUCAGAAACUAUAGACGAAGUAAAGGAUGAGCUGGAGGAGCAGGUAGCAGCUUUGGAAGAAGCCGUGGAGUCUGGAGACACUGCGGCGCAAGAGACGAUUCAAGAGGAGAUAGAGGAAACUAUACAGGAGGUUGCAGAAGUCGUCGAAGAGGUACAGGAAACACAAGAAGGAGAGGAAGCAGCAGCAGUUGUCGAGGAGACCCAGCAGGAGAUGACUGAAACCCUUAGCGAAGUCGAAGACGUUCUUGAAGACGGUACUCAAGAGGAAAAGGAGGAAGUAGUCGAAGAACUAGAAGAGACUGUGGAUACGUUGAUUGAAGACAUCGCUGAAGCCGAAGUUCAAUCAGAGACUGUUGUGGAAGCACAGGAGGAACUGCAGGAGCAGGUAGCAGCUUUGGAAGAAGCCGUUGAGUCUGGAGACACUGCGGCACAAGUGGAGAUACAAGAGACGAUAUCGGAGACGGUUCAAGAGGUGGAACAAGCCAUCGAAGAGGUACAGGAAACACAGGAGGCAGUUGAGACCGUUGUGCGAACCGAGGAAGAGAUAACCGAAACCCUGGACGAAGUUGAGGAAGUCCUCCAAGAGGGUACCCAAGAGGAAAAGCAGGAAGUAGUCGAUGAACUGGAAUCCAAUGUAGAGACACUGAUUGAAGACAUCGAAGAAGCCAACGUUGAAUCAGAGACCGUAGACGAAGCACGGGAUCAGCUGGAGGAGCAGGUAGAAGCUUUGCAGGAAGCCGUUGAGUCUGGAGACACUGCGGCACAAGUGGCAAUACAAGGGACGAUCGAGGAAACCGUACAGGAGGUGGAAGAAGCUGUCAACGAGGCAGCAGGUGUUGAAGAACCCGAAGAAGAAGAAGAACCCGAAGAAGAAGAAGAACCCGAAGAGGAACCCGAAGAGGAACCCGAAGAAGAAGGAGAAACAGUGUCCGUGAUCGAGUCCAUUCCCCGGGAAGCCUUCACUGCGUCUUCCACACUUGACGAGCAGCACUCGUCAUACUAUGCCGUCAUCGGCAAGACUUACGAAGACGGCAGCCCUGCCUUCUGGGCUCCGGGCACCGACGAUACCGACCAGUACCUGCAGAUCGACAUGGGCCAGCCGACACAGCUGUCCACCGUGGAGACCCAAGGCGCCGCCGGGCGUUUCGUCACAACAUUCCUCCUGCGUUACAGCGUGGAUGGUGUCACAUGGAUAACUUACAAAGGGGACGACGGGGAGGAUAUGGUUUUCACAGGCAACAGUGAUGACAGUGGAACACAGACAAUAAAUCUAAGCCGCACCAUUCUAUGUCGGUACCUGCGAUUUGCACCACAGAGCUGGCCUGCCGGUGGAAUUGGCCUACGAGUGAACACCAAGAUCACUACCUCGUCAUCGAAAUUUUUCACAUAUUACAUUCUGAACAAGUACAAGACAACUCAGCAUAGAGAAUUCGUCUCAGUCGGACGUACUCUGCCUGACUCCUCCUUCACCGCAUCCUCCAACCUGGACGACACCCACACGCCCCAGUACGCCCGCAUCGGCAUGACCAUGCCGGACGGCUCGCCGGGCUACUGGGCCCCGGCAACGGACGGCACGGACCAGUACCUGCAGGUGGACAUGACCGAGCCCACCACGCUACAGGGAGUCAUGGUACAGGGCGCCCUGACGCGCUACGUCACCAAGUUUACUCUGCAGUACAGCAUGGACGGGACGGAGUUCCAGCCUGUGACAGACGACACCGGUGCAGCAUACGUAUUUACGGGGAACACUGAUGGCAAUGCCCCCAGUAUCCAGCCGGCCCCUGCUGAAUUCACGUGCAGAUACCUGCGUUUCUUCCCAGCGGAGUGGAGCCCUGGCGGCAUCGCCUUCCGAAUCAACGUCCUCCUCAGUCAGACUGCAGCACGCAGCUUCACCCUCCUGACACAGGCCGGAGGAGCGACCAUGGAACAGCCAGGAUCAUCAGAAGAGGAACCCGAAGAAGAAGGAGACACAGUGUCUGUGAUCGAGUCCAUCCCUCAGGAAUCCUUCACUGCGUCUUCCACACUUGACGAGCAGCACUCGUCAUACUAUGCCGUCAUCGGCAAGACAUACGAAGACGGCAGCCCUGCCUUCUGGGCUCCUGCCUCUGACGAUACCGACCAGUACCUUCAGAUCGACAUGGGCCAGCCGACACAACUGUCCACCGUUGAGACACAAGGUGCCGCCGGGCGUUUCGUCACAACAUUCCUCCUGCGUUACAGCGUGGAUGGCGUCACAUGGAUAACUUACAAAGGGGACGAUGGUCAGGAUAUGGUUUUCACAGGCAACAGCGAUGACAGUGGAACACAGACAAUACGUCUCAGCCGCACCAUUCUCUGCCGGUACCUGCGAUUUGCACCACUGAGCUGGCCUGCCGGUGGAAUUGGUCUACGAGUGAACACCAAGAUCACUACCUUGUCAUCAAAGACCUUCACAUAUUACAUGCUGUACAAGAUCCGGAAAACACAGAAUAGAAACUUUGUCGCGGUGGGAAGUGCCCUGCCUGACUCCUCCUACACCGCCUCCUCCAACCUGGACGACACCCACACGCCCCAGUACGCCCGCAUCGGCAUGACCAUGCCGGACGGCUCGCCGGGCUACUGGGCCCCCGCAACGGACGGCACGGACCAGUACCUGCAGGUGGACAUGACCGAGCCCACCACGCUACAGGGAGUCAUGGUACAGGGCGCCCUGACGCGCUACGUCACCAAGUUCACUCUGCAGUACAGCAUGGACGGGACGGAGUUCCAGCCUGUGACAGACGACACCGGUGCAGCCUACGUAUUUACGGGGAACACGGAUGGCAAUGCCCCCAGUAUCCAGCCGGCCCCUGCUGAAUUCACCUGUAGAUACCUGCGUUUCUUCCCAGCGGAGUGGAGCGCUGGCGGUAUCGCCUUCAGAAUCAACGUCCUCCUCAGCACGACUGCCGCAAGAGCCUUCACUCUCCUUCACAGGACCAAAGUGACAAAGCUGGAAUUCACAGCGAUCGCGAAUGUCAUCCCCGACUCGUCUUGGACGGCUUCUUCGACACUGGACGCUGACCACGGCGCCGCUCACGGAAACCUCGGCAAGUACGCUUCCGGGGCAGACCACUUCUGGGCUCCCAGCACCGACCAGGCCGGAGAGUACCUCCAAAUCGACAUGACCCACCCCAUCACCGUGAAGGGUAUCGCCACAAUGGGAGGCGGUGCCCGCUGGCUGACCAAGUUCACAGUCAAGUACAGCGAGGAUGGCGAAACCUGGACCGACUUACCAGGGGAAAUACAAGGCAAUACUGACGGAGAGAACCAGAACUUCCAGGCCCUCGGUGAAGGCUUUAUGGCCCGCUAUUUGAGAAUUGUGACUGUAGCUGGUGGUUGGAGUGCCGGCGGUGCGGGCCUGCGAUGCAGUCCCCUCAUCAGCAAUGCUAAAGCUGCACAGUACAUGGCGCAGAUGCAAGCUCAUAUGUCAUCAACAAUCACCCGAGAAUUCACGGCGAUCGCAAAUCUCCUACCCGACUCGUCUUGGACGGCUUCUUCGACACUGGACGCGGACCACGGCGCCGCCCAUGGAAACCUCGGCAAGUACGCUUCCGGGGCAGACCACUUCUGGGCUCCCAGCACCGACCAGGCCGGCGAGUACCUACAAAUCGACAUGACUCACGCCAUCACCGUGAAGGGUAUCGCCACCAUGGGAGGCGGUGCGCGCUGGCUCACCAAGUUCACAGUCAAGUACAGCGAGGAUGGCGAAACCUGGACUGACCUACCAGGGGAAAUACAGGGCAAUACGGACGGAGAGAACCAGAACUUCCAGGCCCUCGGCGAAGGCUUCAAGGCCCGCUAUUUGAGAAUUGUGACAAUAGCUGGUGGAUGGAGUGCCGGUGGAAUCGGCCUGCGAGCUAGCCCUCUCAUUAGCAAUGCUAAGGCAGCAGCGUACAUGGCAAAGAUGCAAGCUCACAUGCAGUCAUCAUCAUCAUCAUCCUCCCAACAGUUGGACUGUGCCAAGUGGAGUGAGUGGCUUGGCGGGUUGAUGGCAGGACCACAGGCUUCCAUGGUUCCCAAGCUGGCAAAGGCCUGCAGACCGGUUUGGUGCACAGAUCCAGCAUUUGCUGAGGCACAAGCAGAACUACAUGGGCAAGCCUGUGCAGGUUUUGAUGCAGGUGCUGCUGGUGGUUCCAUGACCAUGUCUCACACUGCCUCUGCCAGUCAGCAACUUGACUGUGCUAAGUGGUCAGAGUGGUUACCAGCGAUACAGGCCAGUAACCCAGGCCAGGUUGAUACCGUUGCACAGGCUUGCAAACCUGUAUGGUGUACGGAUGCUGCCUUCCAAGAGGCCAAUGCUGAGCUCGCUGGAACCGUCUGUGCCGCCAAGAAACGUGAGCUGGGCAUGCAGAAGCUAAGGAGCCUGAUGGAUCAACUUAAAGCCAAGAGGGAGCAGAUCCAGCCUGCC